CCCCCUGUCCUCCUAUUGGACGGCGGGCGAGCGAUGCUCGGACACGCCUGAAUACAGGGUCGGAGCCGCACUGGCAGCGUUGAGUUACCGUGUCAGCUGCUCUGGACCGCCGGAGUCUGUUGCCAGCCGAAACAUACUGACCCGCAGCGGCGGCAGCGCUACUGUUGUGGCGGAUGCUGAUUACGGUACUGGAAAAGGCUGACCAUAACGGAUUGCAACCUCGACUCCGGUUCAGAAGAGAAACAGCGGCACGUACAAUUCAGCAAUGCCUGCCGGAAGCAACGACCCCGAAUGCAUUUUGAGCUACCAGAGGCCCGAUGAGGAGGCAGUGGUCGAUCAAGGAGGGACGAGCUCCGUGCUGAACAUACACUACGAGAAGGAGGAGCUGGAAGGUCACAGGACGCUGUAUGUGGGCGUGCGGAUGCCGAUGGAAAGACAGAGCCACCGGCAUCAUCGCCCCCAUGGGCCGAAACACAGGAAGAGAGACCGGAUAAAGGGGACGAUCCAGGAAGAGAGGCCCUCGCACGAUACCCCGUCCCAGCGUGUCCAGUUCAUCCUGGGGACAGAGGACGACAACGAGGAGCAUGUCCCCCAUGACCUGUUCACGGAGCUCGACGAGAUCUGUGUGAAGCAGGGCCAGAACACGGAGUGGAAGGAGACGGCCAGGUGGCUGAAGUUCGAGGAGGACGUGGAGGACGGGGGGGACCGCUGGAGCAAGCCCUAUGUGGCCACGCUGUCCCUGCACAGCCUGUUCGAGCUGCGCAGCUGCCUCAUCAGUGGAACCGUGCUGCUGGACAUGCAAGCGAGCACCAUUGAGGAGAUCGCAGACAUGGUUCUGGAUCACCAGGAGGCCUCCAUGGAGCUGGACGAGAGCGUCAGGGUGAAGGUGCGAGAGGCCCUGCUUAAGAAGCACCACCACCAGAUCGAGAAGAAGAGGAACAACCUGCUCCCCAUGGUGCGGUCCUUCACUGAGGCCGGCAAGAAGCACUCCGAGCCCCACUCCAUGGACAAGAACGGUCAAACUGUGUCCCCCCCGGCCGCCCCAACGAACCAAGAGAUGAAGAACGGGGUGCACCAUGAAAACAGCGCCGUGGACCUGAGCAAGGUGGACCUUCACUUCAUGAAGAAGAUCCCAGUGGGAGCGGAGGCCUCCAACGUGCUGGUGGGAGAGCUGGACUUUCUGGAGCGCCCCAUCAUGGCCUUUGUGCGCCUCUCCCCGGCCGUGCUGCUGUCCGGACUCACCGAGGUGCCCAUUCCUACACGAUUCCUGUUCAUCUUGCUGGGACCCAACGGGAAGGCACAGCAGUACCACGAGAUUGGCAGAUCCAUGGCAACCGUCAUGACCGACGAGAUCUUCCACGACGUGGCGUACAAGGCGAAGAACCGCAGCGACCUGCUGGCCGGGGUGGAUGAGUUCCUGGAUCAGGUGACCGUGCUGCCCCCCGGGGAGUGGGACCCCUCCAUACGCAUCGAGCCUCCCAAGAACGUCCCUUCACAGGAGAAGCGGAAGAUGCGGGGCGUGCCCAACGGGACGAUCAGCCUCGCCGACCCUGAGCCCCACGGAGAACACGACGGACCUGAACUGCAGCGCACUGGCAGACUGUUCGGGGGGCUGAUCCUGGACGUGACGCGCAAAGCCCCGUUCUACUGGAGCGAUUACCGCGACGCGCUCAACCUGCAGUGCGUGGCCUCCUUCCUGUUCCUGUACUGCGCUUGCAUGUCCCCCGUCAUCACCUUCGGAGGGCUGCUGGGAGAGGCCACGGAGGGGCGCAUUAGCGCCAUCGAGUCUCUGUUCGGAGCCUCCAUGACGGGCAUCGCGUACUCCUUGUUUGCUGGCCAGCCCCUCACCAUACUGGGCAGCACGGGCCCCGUGCUGGUGUUUGAGAAGAUUCUCUUCAAGUUCUGCAAAGACUUCCAGCUUUCCUACCUGUCUCUUCGCACCUGCAUUGGGCUCUGGACCGCCAUCCUGUGCCUGCUGCUGGUGGCCACAGACGCCAGCUCCCUGGUGUGCUACAUCACCCGCUUCACCGAGGAAGCCUUCGCCUCACUCAUCUGCCUCAUCUUCAUCUACGAGGCCAUCGAGAAGCUCCUCCACCUGGGGGAGCUGUACCCCAUAAACAUGAACUCUGAGCUUGACAAGCUCACCCUGUACUACUGCAGGUGUUCGGAGCCAGACAACCCCAGUAAUGAGACCCUGAAACACUGGGAGCAGAACAACAUCACAGCAUCUUCAGUUAACUGGACAAACCUGACAGUGGAGAAGUGCCGCAGCUUGCACGGCGAGUUUGUGGGCCCCUCCUGCGGGCAUCACGGGCCCUACACGCCCGACGUGCUCUUCUGGUCGGCCAUCCUUUUCUUCGCCACCUUCGCCAUGUCCAGCUUCCUGAAGCAGUUCAAGACCAGCCGCUAUUUCCCCACCAGGGUGAGGUCGAUGGUGAGUGACUUUGCUGUAUUCCUGACCAUUUUCAUGAUGGUGCUCAUCGACUACGCCUUGGGAAUCCCCACUCAGAAGCUCCGAGUGCCCAGAGACUUCAAGCCCACGCGAGAUGACCGGGGCUGGAUCAUUAACCCGAUCGGUCCGAACCCCUGGUGGACGGUUCUGGCAGCGCUCAUCCCCGCUCUUCUCUGCACCAUCCUCAUCUUCAUGGACCAGCAGAUCACAGCGGUCAUCGUCAACAGGAAGGAGCACAAACUGGUGAAGGGCUGUGGAUACCACCUGGAUCUGCUCGUGGUGGGCGUCAUGCUGGGCGUGUGCUCCAUCAUGGGGCUGCCGUGGUUCGUGGCUGCCACGGUCCUCUCCAUCAGCCACGUGAACAGCCUGAAGCUGGAGUCGGAGUGCUCGGCUCCGGGGGAGCAGCCCAAAUUCCUGGGGAUCCGCGAGCAGCGCCUCACCGGGCUCGUGAUCUUCGUUCUCAUGGGCUGCUCCGUCUUCAUGACUGGAGUCCUGCAGUUCAUCCCCAUGCCUGUGCUGUAUGGAGUGUUCCUCUACAUGGGAGCCUCUUCUCUGAAGGGAAUUCAGUUCUUCGACCGGUUGAAGCUGUUCGCUAUGCCCCCAAAGCACCAGCCGGACUUCAUCUACCUGAGGCACGUGCCCCUGCGCAAGGUGCACCUCUUCACCCUCAUCCAGCUCGCCUGCCUUGUGCUGCUGUGGGUCAUCAAGGCCUCGCCCGCCGCCAUCGUCUUCCCCAUGAUGGUGUUGGCUCUGGUGUUUAUCCGCAAGCUGAUGGACCUGGGCUUCUCCAAGCGAGAGCUGAGCUGGCUGGACGACCUCAUGCCAGAGAGCAAGAAGAAGAAGCUGGAUGACGCCACGCAGAGGGCUAAAGAGCAGGAGGAAUCUGCAAAGAUGUUGGAGACGGCCCUAGAGGACAAGCCAGUCGAGAUCCCGAUGGAGAGCAGCACACUGCUCCACAGCCCCGGGAAGAACAAUGACUCCAGGUGUGACCCAUCUGACAUUAACAUCUCAGACGAAAUGUCUAGAACCGCAGUGUGGAAAGCAGUCGGUAAGAACACCGACAGCUCUAAUCUCAAGGACAUCCCAGUUUCUACAGCAAGGAAUGUUUGAAACUGAGUACUUGGCUGUGAAGAUGUUCAUGAACACAGCAUGGUGACUCAGGGAAGACCUUCAGCAUUCUGAGCCAGCAGACACACUGCAAAGACCUAGCAGGGCAUCCUUUCAACUAUCACUGGGCAAUCAAGACCUUUCCCCAACCCCCACCCCCCCUCCUCCACUGUAGCAGUAAGCAGGGUCCCCCUCUCCUCUCCUCUCCUCCUCCACUGUAGCAGUGAGCAGG